AUGGACAAUACACUCCGUCAGCCCAAGAAGCGGUUCGUCGGUAGACGUACUGCCGAAGCGCAGGCUCAACCCAACCCGACAACUGGAGAUGUCGAGUCCACGGCUGUUCAAAAAGCUGCACCCCGCCGAACUCCCAGAACUCUCAAUCAGGUUCCACCAGAGAUUCUGAAUGAUCCCGAUAUCCAAGCCGCUAUUGAAUUGCUUCCCAAGAACUACUCCUUCGAGAUCCCUAAGACCAUUCAUCGUGUUCGCACAUCCGAAGCCAAGCGUGUGGCUCUACAAUUUCCGGAGGGGCUUUUGAUCUUCGCUACAACUAUCUCCGAUAUUCUCCAACAAUUUUGCCCCGGCAUAGAGACUUUGAUUAUGGGUGAUGUCACCUACGGUGCUUGCUGCAUUGACGAUUAUACUGCCCGCGCACUGGGCUGUGACCUGCUCGUUCACUACGCCCACAGUUGUCUUAUUCCAGUGGAUGUGACUAAAAUCAAGACAUUAUACAUCUUCGUGGACAUCAGCAUUGAUACCACUCAUCUGAUUGCCACUCUUGAACGCAACUUCAAGCCCGGGCAAACCAUCGCAACGGUCGGUACCAUCCAAUUUAACGCUACCCUCCAUGGUCUCAAGCCUGUUCUUGAGCGUGCGGGAUUCCGCGUUGUUGUUCCUCAAAUCAUGCCUCUCUCCAAGGGCGAGAUUCUUGGCUGCACAUCCCCACAGCUUUCUGAAACCGAAAUUGAUGUCAUUCUCUAUCUCGGAGACGGUCGCUUCCAUCUCGAAUCUGCCAUGAUCCACAAUCCCACCAUUCCCGCAUACCGAUACGACCCAUAUUCGCGCACUCUUACACGAGAGAGUUAUGAUCACGAUGAGAUGCACACAAUCAGACGCGAUGCUAUUGCUACCGCAAAGUCUGCCAAGAAAUGGGGAAUCAUCUUGGGCUCACUGGGCCGUCAAGGAAACCCCAACACCAUGGCCAUGAUCGAGCGUCAUUUGGCUGAGCGUGGUAUCCCUGUAGUAAACCUACUAUUGAGUGAGAUCUUCCCGGGUAAAUUGGCUUCCAUGUCAGAUGUCGAAUGCUGGGUGCAAAUCGCAUGUCCUCGACUCAGCAUCGACUGGGGCUAUGCAUUUUCCCGCCCCUUGCUUACACCUUAUGAGGCGCUUAUUGCUCUUGGUGUGCGUGAGAACUGGGACACUGAAAAUAAGGGAGUGUAUCCUAUGGACUUCUAUGCCAAGGAGGGAUUGGGCCGCACAAAGCCUCAGCAGGCUGUUAGUGGGGCAGCUUGA